AUGCACGCUCGCGACUGGUUUUUAGUUUUCAUUGCAAUUUUCCUUCCCCCCGUGGCCGUGGGGCUCAAGAGAGGCUUUUUCACCAAGGACACACUGAUCAACCUGCUGCUGUUUCUGCUAGGAUUCUUUCCAGGGCUCGUACACGCGUUGUACGUGAUCAGCCGCCACCCUUACCCGGCUGCGGGCGGGUCGCUGGCGGAGCCAAGCACGGGCUACGGCUCGUUGGCGUGA